AUGCUAAGGGCUUCCUCUUCCGACCUCAGUGCAAGUCAAACCCAAACUCUAAUAUCUGACCAAGAUCUUCUGGAAUUUGUACUGAAUAUAGAAUAUUUGAGCGCUGAGUACUUCUUGUAUGGUGCUUAUGGUCGUGGACUUGAUGCCACUGCUCCAGAAUUAACCAAGGGAGGUCCUCCUCCCAUUGGAGGCCGAAAGGCCAACCUAGACCCCUUAUUACAGGACAUCUUCACACAAUUCGCUUUAAUGAAUGUUGGGCAUUUGAGGGCCAUAUAUGGUGCAGUUAAAGGAUUCCCUGAACCAUUACUGAACAUAAGCACGGGGGUAUUUGGUCAACUUGUGGAUGCAGCACUUGGACAAAAUUUAAGCUCACCUUUCGACGUCUAUGCCAAUCCCCUCAAUUUCUUACUCGGGGCUGAUAUCAUGUCUUAUUUUACCCCAGUUGCCUGUGUUGGAAUCACUCCACAGUUGCAGAAUGCUAACUACAAGAGUAGCAUAUUUAUAUGUCGAGACGCACCGAUACCGCCAUAUAAUGUUAAAGUAUCAGAUUUCACAGAUCGCAUUUCGGACUUUGCAAAUAGGUUAGGUAAAGAAGGAAUCAAAAGUGAGGGUAUUGUAGUUCCUCAAUCUGAGGGUGCUGAGGGAAAAACAACAGGUAAUGUUAUUGCUGGUGACAAAGAUUCGCUAGCAUUUGAAAGAACGCAAAGGGGAAUACUUAGGAUAAUAUAUGGAACGGGUAAUGAACAUUUCCCAGGUUCCUUCUUCCCUAAUGGAGCAAAUGGUCGCAUAGCAAGAUCUUUCUUACCAUAG